AAUAAUGAAUGACACAGCACUUUGACAUUAACAUUUUACAUUGAGCAAAGCAAUAUAAUAAAACGAGGAUAAUGCUCAACACCCUCUUGUCUCUCAUGUCUCUUUUCUAACUCUCUCUUUCCUCUCAUCUUCCCUUCUCUCUUCUUCUUCUUCUUCUUCUUCUUCUUCUUCUUCCCUAUUCACCUUUGCUCUCCACACUCCAACACCCAUUUCUCUAUCUUCUCGUAAGGUGUUAAGUCCUGUAAAAAGCUUGAGAAUUCAUUCACUUGAGUUGGUGUUUGGAGCUGAACGAGGCUGAAUUUGAAACCUAUUUUAAAAGAUUGAAGCCGAAUCUUCUGGUUGUCUGGGCCAUCUUUUGGGGUUUUUUCUCUGAGACAAGAUGAUGAUGUUUGAUGACAUAGGGUUUUGUGGUGAUUUGGAUAUGUUUUGUGGUACACUUGGGGAAGGGGAUAUUUCUGUCAGGCAAACCGAGCCGGAUUCGGUAGUCGAGGAUGAUUAUAGUGAUGAAGAAAUGGACUUGGAUGAGCUUGAGCGGAGGAUGUGGAGGUACAAAAUGCGUUACAAGCGAAUGAAAGAACAAACCAAGGCUAAAGAAGGAAUCGAUGCAGCAAAGGCGAGGCAGUCUCAGGAACAAGCAAGGAGGAAAAAGAUGUCAAGAGCUCAAGAUGGAAUAUUGAAGUACAUGCUGAAAAUGAUGGAGGUUUGUAAGGCGCAAGGAUUUGUUUACGGGAUAAUUCCCGAGAAGGGGAAGCCGGUGACCGGUGCAUCUGACAAUCUUCGUGAAUGGUGGAAGGAUAAGGUUAGGUUCGAUAGGAACGGCCCAGCUGCCAUAGCCAAGUAUCAAGCUGAUAACGCAAUUCCGGGAAAGAAUGAUGGAUGCAAUUCCAUCGGUCCAACUCCACACACUUUGCAAGAAUUACAGGACACGACCUUGGGUUCUCUCUUAUCAGCACUUAUGCAGCACUGUGAUCCUCCUCAGAGGCGUUUCCCAUUAGAGAAGGGUCUUCCUCCACCAUGGUGGCCCACAGGGAAUGAAGAGUGGUGGCCCCAAAUCGGUUUACCUAAAGACCAAGGCCCUCCACCGUACAAGAAACCUCAUGACCUGAAAAAAGCAUGGAAGGUCGGUGUUCUAACUGCUGUGAUCAAGCAUAUGUCUCCUGAUAUAGCCAAGAUUCGCAAGCUCGUGAGGCAGUCCAAAUGCCUUCAAGAUAAAAUGACUGCCAAGGAAAGUGCAACCUGGCUCGCCAUCAUCAACCAAGAAGAAGCUUUGGCUCGAGAGCUUUAUCCGGAUUACUGCCCCUCGUUGUCUUCCGGAGGAGGUAGUGGUUCUAUGGUCAUCAAUGAUUGCAGUGAAUAUGAUGUUGAUGGGGCUGACGAUGAGACGAACUUUGAUGUUGUGGAGGAUCGAAAACCCGAGAAUCUUCAUCCAUCCAAUCUUGGGAUGGAGAGAAUGAGGGGAAUGGUUCCAGUUCAGCAGCCUUCUCUUCCAAUGAAGGGAGAGGUUGUCACAAACUUGGAUUUCAUUCGAAAGAGGAAGAUCUCAAAUGACUUUAACAUGAUCAUUGAUCAGAAACUCUACACAUGUGAACAUCCUCAAUGCCCUUACAGUGAAGUUCGUCUCGCUUUUCAAGACAGGUCGUCUAGGGACAAUCAUCAAUUGAAUUGUCCAUACAGAAACAGUCCUGCAGAUUACGGAGGCUCUAAUUUCCAUGCUACCGAGGUUAAGCCAAUUAUUUUCCCACAGUCCUUUGUUCAACCAAACUCUACAGCUCAGCCUGCUGGUUUGGUUCCACCUUCAUUUGAUUUAACUGGGCUUGGAGUUCCCGAAGACGGCCAGAAAAUGAUUACCGAACUUAUGUCGAUUUAUGAUACAAAUGUUAUAGGAAACAAGAAUGCAAGUUCCACCAAUUGUGUAGCUGUUGAAAAUCAAAACCUUUCUCAGCCCUGCAUUCAGCAACAACAGGACAAUUUCUUUUCGAGUCAAGGAAUGGUAAUGGAAGCAGCAAACUUUUUUACCCGCGAUGAAAGUCAAUUUGACAGGUUCAAGCCAAUUAACUCUCCUUUUGAAACCAACCACAACAAUAAUAAUAUCCAUCUCAUGUUUGGGUCUCCAUGUGAUUUGGCAUCCUUUGAUUUUAAGGAGGAUAUACAACUACAGGGAGUAGGAAUCGAUACAUUUCACAAACAACCAGAUAUGUCAAUAUGGUACAAUUGAAAAAUGACAAGUGGAAAAUUAUGUACCAUUGGCUUUUUUAUUGUGUCAUUAAAAAAGGGUUGCCACACUCUUAUCAUGUGAAACUCCCUUGACUAAAACAUCAAAGGUAGUUUAGUUACUGCAUUUUUCUUCACAUGCAAUGGUUUAGGUCUAGAUAUUAUAAUGUUUGGCAGGUCUUGUUCUGGUAUGGGGGUAAUAAAUCAUGUGGACAUUAUGUUCCCAAAAUGUAACAAACCCUUUUGUGUUUUCAUCAGUGUUAGCCUUAUUAUAUUGUUGUUACUAUAUUAUAUGUACUACUGUUAUAUAAAUAAGAUUUUAUUUUUAUUCUCUUAUAAAAUAAA